ACUCUCAGUAAGCGCGUGUCGUUGCUUUAAGGAUUUUCUUUCUACUACUUUCGUCGUCCGAAUCCUCUCCCUACUUCGCUUCACCUGCUGUGCUGUGAGCAGCCUGCGCGUAUCGAGGUUUCGUCGCGAGGAACUCGCUGACUAAAAACGACGUGCCGGUCUAGUACGAGGCACGAUUGUGACGUGCGUGCGUCUUGCUUAGAGGCGUGCGUGACUUGACGCACACACUCGGAAAAACUGCAGUGUUGCGGAACAACGAGUCGGCGAUACCUGGGAUUAUCGUCAUCUACCUCGAGAGCGCAGUACGGAAACGUUCAGGAUGAAGCGCACCAUAUUCACUGCCGUAGUGUUAUUCCUCGGUCUUCUCGGGCACACGCAUUCGCAGGAUAAUGUGCCUUCCGCCGACGAGGUGAUCCGCCAGGUCGGCGGAGUGGUGGACUUGCCGCAACUGAACAAUCUGGACACAUCAGCACUGCCCAACGCGGAAGAGACGAGAAAUCUUUUCAAGGAGAAGUGUGCGAAAAACGGCGGACCAGACGCAUUCGACAAGGCGGACCAAGCCAAGACGGAGAUGGAACAGUGCCUUAAGUCGCUCAUCAACAUCACGGAACUCCAAGCGGAGAUGGAGCUGCACAAGCCGAACGGCGACUUGGACGUCGUGUUCAAGAAGUACUGCAACAAGCGCUCGAUUCUGCGUGCCUGCGUCAGCAAUUUCACCGGAGUGGUGGAGCAGUGCCUGGACGAGAAGGAGAGAGAGAAUAAGAAAAUCGUCAUGAACAUCACCGACUCGAUGUUGGAGUUCAUUUGCUACAAGGAAGGAGAUCGCAUCGCUCUCUUCAUAGCCGCCGGAGGACCGGAAUGCUUCCAAGCCAAACAGCAAGCGGUCCAGGACUGCGCCAAUAGAACGUUGAGUGGCUAUAUACCGAAAACUGACCCCUCCAACAUAUUAGGACUCGAGAGUCUGCCGAGCUUGGCCUUCGGAAACAAAGAAUGCACGGACAUGAACAACCUCCAGGCUUGCAUGGUGAAGGAACUGGAGACAUGCCCGGAUCCAACGCCCGCGAACAUCGUGGAUUCUAUAUUCAAUUUCAUCAAGAGGGUGACGCCGUGCGAGAAUUUGCUGAACGCUCAGAGCGCCGCUGCCACCGGCAGCGGGGGAUCCGGCGCUCCACGUUUGUCGAGCGCUUUCACCGCUGCGCUGGUACUUUUGUCUACUAUAGCGAGCUGCAGCAGACAGAAUUACUUCUUCGGUGCGAUAGCGUAAGACAUUAAAUACACAUCAGAAUAUAAGCGUGAUAAACCGUUAAUCGGAACACGCGGCCCAGAUCGGGAUUGUAUUAAGAUUAUAAAUCGACGAUUGACACUCGACCGAUUAAGGUCCGAGAUGGAGAUCGCAGAUUGGAAUCUUUAAUUAAGAUAUCAGCCGAUUGUCAGUCGCACGGCAAAAAACACACGAUAGAUUUUUUUUUUUUUGGUUCUUAACACUCACAGUUGUUAUUUGCGAUAUUUCUUUGAAACACAAGACACCGUAAGAUAUUCUACGACAAUUGCACACCUUCGUCCUCAUCAUCAGUCUCUUCUUCGACAACAAUUGCCAAUCUCAGUGCAGAUUGCAUUGUGCGUUGUGCGAUCGUCAAUUUGCAAUUCUAACACAAUCUCGAUCGUUACAGUCAUUUUCGAGAGAUGACUUUAGAGUAUAUGGCAAUGGAUCAAAAGUUUUUAAUUAACAAUUCGUAUAAGCGAGAACAAAGAUUGCUGUACUUUUAAUAUAAUAAUUGUUUAUUUUUUUUACCGUA